AUGGCUAGCCUUACGCUUGGCGAGGUGGUGCCGAAUCUUGAGUUCGACUCCACUGGGGGACGCAUGAAGCUGCACGAUUUCGUGGGCGACAGCUGGGCUGUGGUGUUCUCGCAUCCGGGCGACUUCACUCCCGUCUGCACCACGGAGCUGGGCAAGAUCGCCCUUCGGAGCGGGGAGUUUGAGCAGCGUGGAGUGAAGCUCAUUGGGCUGUCGUGCGACAGCGUGGACGACCAUGUGGCGUGGAUCAAGGACAUUGAGGCAUACACCCCGGGAGCCAAGGUUGCGUAUCCAAUAAUUGCUGACCCAUCGCGUGAUCUGGCCCAGAAGCUGAACAUGCUCGACCCCGACCUGAAAGAUAGUAAUGGUCGCCCGCUCACCUCACGUGCACUGCACAUCAUCGGCCCAGACAAGAAGGUAAGCUCAUCAUCUCGCUUUUUUGUCAUGCUCUACUUGUCCCGGGUUCAUUUUUCAAGGUUUCAGCCUUCGCUCACACUAUUUUCUGUUGCCCAACCGCUUCUGGUGCAGCUGAAGCUGAGUUUCCUCUAUCCUGGUUCUGUUGGGCGUAACUUUGACGAGGUGCUGCGAGCAAUAGACGCUCUCCAGCUUGCUGCAGACCGCCAGAUAGCCACGCCCUCAGACUGGAAGAAGGGUGACAAGGUCGUGCGACGCCGCCUACCUCGCACCAACCAGGGCGGGCGGUGGUGCGCGGGCGUGCAUGCGCGCAUGGAUGGCGGGGACGAGGCGGAGCAGCAGGCGGCCCUGGGCGUGCUGCAGCGCGCUGCGCCAUGCGGCGAGGCGGCGGCGGGCAGGGUGGCGCGGCAGCUGACAGCGGCGGUGAACCAGUUCCGCGUGCGCAACGUGAUGCGCCUGCACGCGCGGGGCGAGGACCUGCUGCUGUUCGGUCCGCGCAUGGCGGCCGACAUAUCCAUGCUCGACCCGGCCACCCAGCACCUCGUCACUGCCGCGCGCGACCGCAUCAGUGAGGCAGGGCGGCACCAAUUUGAGGCGCCGGAGUGUGCGGGCAGCGGGGGCGAGGGCGAGUCGGACAUGUGGGUGGUGGGCGCGCUCGUCUUCUUCCUGCUCUCGGGGAGGCCGCCCUUCGCCGUCUCGUCGGAUGCUGGUGCUGCCACCGCUCAUGGCGAUGCAGCGGACAGUGCGGACGUGUGCUCGCCUCCAUGGCCUCCCAUGUCCGCCGCUGCCCGCCACUUCCUCUCGCGUCUGCUCUGCCGCCUCCCCGCCCAGCGAGCCACUCCCAACGAAGCCCUCAGCAACGCGUGGGUGGAGAGCAUGUGUGCGCAAGCACUGGACGAGGACCACCCCGUGGCGCCACGCCCACAGCAAGCGCUGCCUGUGGGGGAGACUCGCGGAGGUGCUUCGGCAGGGCGUGCACGUGGGGGUCGGCGGGCGCGGGUGUGCUUCAGGGAGGUGGAGGAGACGGAAAGAGGGGAUGAGGAGGAAGAGGAGGAGCGGAGGGGAGGUGCUUCCAAGGCAGCGUACGUGGAGGGAUGGCUGGCUGCUAGUGGGGUCAGGGACGGGGACGAUGUGGAGGGGGGUGAGGGGGGCCCGAGGGGUGGGAGUGAUGGGGGCGCGCAUGAGGGCGAGCACGACAGCAGGGGUGGGGGCGACGAGGCACAUGCAGCACAGGGCUUUGGCUCACCUACUGCUCACUCAGAGGAGCGCAGGUGGCAGGGUGGGGGAGGGGGCGGUGGCACGGACACUACACAAGGAGGCGACGAUGCAGGGCGGGGAAGGGGCGGAGUGGGAGGGGGUGGAGCGGUGCGUGCAGCGGCGGGGGUGUCGUUUGUGCUGGACGAGUGUGACUUCUCCGCCAUGCUGGACCGCGACCACGUCUCUGCUGUCGGCAACUUUGCCACCCUCCCUGCCCGCCUAUCUAGGCGCGCUGAUGCCACCAAUAUAGCAUCUGCCUCCUCCCCUCCGCUCCCCGGUCGCUCCAUGCCCCCCCUGCCAUCCCUGUCCUCGGAUUCUCGUGCGCGCUCCAGUGCUCUCCCCCCUCGCCAUUCGCCGGACUGCACGGGGGCAGGGGGCAGGAGGCAGCUGCUGCCGGCGGGCAGUCGCUCCAUGCCGCAUGACUCGGCGGGGCGCGCAGCAGGCAGCAGUGGGCGUGCAGGCAGCCCGGAGGUGUCGUCGGACUAUGCAGCAGCGCUGGCCACGGCGUCACACAGGGUGGAGCGCCAGCUGCUCAGCACGCUGCGCGCGCCGCGAGGCAGCAGGAGCAUGGUGCUCACCAGCACGGCGCCGCCUGCAGCUGCGAGUGCGGUGGAGGGCAGCGGCGGGUGGCAGAGUGUGGACUUCUCAGAGCUGGUGGAGCCGGGGCCAGGCGGGGCGCGCAGCAGUGGGGGUGCGGGCGAGGCGGUGGACGUGGCGCAGCUGGUGCCGCUGGUGCAGGUGGGCGACCACACGGUGGACAACCUGCUCUGUGACUUCGAUCACCUCAACGCCACCCCGCCCCGCCCCCACCCCGGCAGUGAUGCUGAGCCGUGGCCCGACGGUGGCAGCAGCAGUGGGCGGCAGUGGAGUGCACCGAGCAGUGACAGCGGUGACCUGGACCUGUCUGCCAUGGACCUCAAUGGCCCUGUGGACGUGGGGGGCGCAGGGGGACCCAGUGGGGAGGGUCCGCUGGGUGCAGAGCAGAGCAUGAUUGUGGACGCACUGGGGCGGCGGCUGCUCAAGUCACCCAUGGCCAGCCCCCACCCGCGCAGGAAACACGGACGCUCCUCCCAUGUCUUCUGCUGA